AUGGCCGACUGGGACACGGGCCAUACUGAACAGGAGAAUGUUAUGGAACAGUUCAAUCCUGGGCUGCGAAAUUUAAUAAACCUAGGAAAAAAUUAUGAGAAAGCUGUUAAUGCUAUGAUCCUGGCAGGAAAAGCCUACUACGAUGGAGUGGCCAAGAUCGGCGAGAUGGCCACCGGGUCGCUCGUGUCCAUGGAACUGGGGCGUGUUCUCAUAGAGAUUUCCAGCACGCACAAGAAACUCAACGACAGCCUCGAUGAAAAUUUCAAAAAAUUCCAUAAGGAGAUCAUACACGAGCUAGAGAAAAAGACGGAACUCGACGUGAAAUACAUGAAUGCAACUCUCAAACGAUACCAAAUAGAACACAGAAGCAAGCUAGACUCCUUGGAGAAGUCACAGGCAGAGCUGAAGAAGAUCAGAAGGAAAAGUCAAGGCGGACGAAACGCACUCAAGUACGAACACAAGGAAACAGAGUACGUGGAAACCGUAAUCUCGCGCCAGAGUGAAAUCCAGAAAUUUAUUGCAGAUGGUUGUAAAGAAGCUCUGCUGGAGGAGAAGAGGCGUUUCUGCUUUCUGGUGGACAAGCAUUGCAGUUUUGCAAACCACAUCCAUCACUACCACCAGCAGUCUGCAGAGUUGCUGAACUCCAAGCUGCCCUGGUGGCAGGAGACUUGUGGCGAUGCCACCAAAGUGCCAGAGAAGAUCAUGACCAUGAUAGAAGAAAUCAAGACCCCAGUGUCCACCCCAGUGUCCGGGACGCCUCAGCCCUCGCCGAUGAUCGAGCGAAGUAGCAUGGCUGGGAAAGAUAAUUAUGAUACCCUUUCUAAAUAUUCGCCAAAGAUGCUCCCAGCUGUUCCUGCCAAACCCUAUAGUGGCCCUUUGAUUGAUAUGUUUAAUAACCCAGCAACGGUUACACAGAAUUCAGAGCGGAUGAAUAAUUCAGAGUCUUCUGAGGACCCCACUCUGCAGCGGUCUGUGUCUGUGGCCACCGGCCUGAGCCUGAUGAAGAAGCCGAAGGUGAAAACCAUUUUCGCACACCAUGCUGGCGGCAACAAGACCCUGCUCAGCUUUGCCGAGGGCGAUGUCAUCACGCUGCUCAUCCCCGAGGGGAAGGAUGGUUGGCUGUACGGGGAGCUUGACACCACCAAGGUGAGAGGUUGGUUCCCUUCAUCAUAUACAAAGAUGCUGGAAGAAAACGCAAAGGAAGCAGCGGCCAUGCCCCUGCCAAGCCCUGCGCCCGUGAGGAGUGUCAGCACUGUGGAUCUAUCCGAGAAAAGCAGUGUUGUCAUCCCCCCACCAGAUUACCUGGAGUGUGUGUCCACAGCGGCAGCCACAGACAGGAGAGCAGAGACCUCCAAAAACACAUCUACCUUCAAAGCCCCAGUGUCCAAGCCAGAAGCCCCAUCUCCUAAUGCCAAUGGGACUGCGAAGCCGCCUUUUCUAAGUGGAGAGAACCCCUUUGCUACCGUGAAACUGCGGCCGACAGUGACCAAUGACCGGUCAGCUCCAAUCAUCCAGUGA